AUGGCACCUUCCAUCACAGAGCGGGAUGCAUCCAACGCACCGGAUCAAGGCGGUCGAGCGUGGACAGAUGCUGGACAACCGCCUCAGCAUCUACCUCGCACUGGUCCUAUUACUUCAUUCGCACCGCGACCGAACGCCAUGCCUUCCACUUCUGCUGCAUCCGCUUCGGCUUCAGGCAGCACUUCAGCACCCGCGCCCAAACCAAGAGUCCAGCAGCUGAAGCCGAGUAGCAGGGUAGCUGGCGCACCUCCCCCAAGACCCCUUCCUAAGGACGGACCGAGCAUACAAGCCAACACUUCGGCCACCGGGCGCUCAGAUCACAGCGGAGCCGGUGGGGCAGGCACCGGAGAUCAGCCCGCUCAAAGGCCGGGCCCAAGAAUUGUCACCGGACAAGGUUCUGGCAACACUAUCAUCGUCAAUCCGUGUCAGGUACGUCGACCGGGCUUCUCCGGGAGGAAUGCGGAGAUCGGUGAAGCUUAAAUCUAAUGAAUGAUCUUCUUUGGUACAUCAGAAAGGCAAUCCAUUGCUGCAACACGUGCGGCAGGUCGGAUGGGAGUAUGGGGAAAUUACGGCAGACUAUCUGGUUGGCGUAUCUAGUGGUGUCUUGUUCCUUUCGUGAGUAGCAUUGCUUGCCUGACCUCACUGAUGAGCCCCCACAUGCCAUGCUGAUGUGAGAUUGCACAGGCUGCGAUACCACCGGCUGCAUCCUGAAUACAUACACUCCAGAAUAGCAAAAAUCCGAGGCUCUUUCAGCCUGCGCGUUCUCCUUGUGCUCUGCGACGUGGUAAGCAUCGUCGAACCCCGAGCAUCAGUGUUCAUCGGACUCCAAGCAUUAGUGCUCACACCUGAUUCCCCUGUCGCGCAACACUCUAGGACACCCAUGAGACGGCGAUCAAAGAGUUGACCAAAGUGGCAUUGAUCAACUCCAUGACCCUCAUGAUUGCCUGGACGUGAGUGCCUGGUGCCGGAAAGGUUGCAUCUCCCAACACUGACGACAGCGCCGCUUUUUCGGAAUGAAGUGCUGAGGAAGCAGGCAAAUACGUGGAAGCAUACAAGCUCUUCGAGCACCGGCCACCAGACGUCUUGAGAGAAAGAGUGGCGGACGACUACCUGAGCCACAUACAAAGUGCGCUCACAAAUAUCCGCGGCGUCAACAAGACCGAUGUGAUCACCUUGGCGACCAAUUUUGGUGUAAGUGUGACCAAGGACAGCUUCGGACGUCCGAAUUCCGGCUCAGUUCACCUUUGGCCCCAUUACAGUCAUUCAAGAAGCUUUCGACGGCUUCGGCGGGGCAGCUCAGUCUUUGCCCCGGCUUCGGUGAUCUCAAAGCUCGUCGGCUGAGGGAAGCUUUUGCCUUGCCGUUUCGUGUGGGCGAGACGCGGCUGGGGAGGGAUAGGCUUCGCAAAGAGCCGAAAGCCAGCGAGGACACAUACGCGCGAGUCGGUAGAGCAAAGGUCUUGGAGGCCUUCGCAUCGUCGGACAGCGGCAACACCGCAAGGAGUGGAGGUGAAGCUGCCGACAUUAUGGACCCGGACGCUUCUACCUCUUUGUCUGCAGCUGGAGACAUGGAGACGGAGUUGCUCAGAAGGGCGGGCACUAGAGGCACGAACGAUGGGUUUGCCCAGGACGCAACCAUCCUCAGCACCAAUCGCGCAGAGUUAGAGGCUCUUCGGCAAGCCACAGGAGACCGCUUGUCGACAGCAGGUGUUGCCGACAAAGCAUCGGAUGCACCCAAUAUUUCCUUCAACAACGAGCUGGAUGAGCUUACAGAGGAGGAACAGCUCAGGUUGGCGUUGGAGAUGAGCGUGGGGAACGAGCUGGAUGAGGAGGAUGAAGACUUUUGA